UUCAGCCUUUUGCUCAGCGGUCGUCGGUUUGUUGGAGAACUGAGCCCGGAAGGUUGCUGAGGCCUGGGGUACGGGGUGCGAGUACGCUGCCGAGUCCCGUAGUGAGCCGCUCCUUGGUGUAAACUGACUUCCCGCCUGGAUUGAAGCUUGGUUAAAGCAAAUAACAAGUGACGGAUAAAACAAUUUUGAGAGGGAGUUGGAGAAUACAUCAGGAAUGGAUUCUCUUGACUAUGUAACAGCAUCUGAUUCAUCUAUGGAAAUAGAAAAUCAGAGUGAUGACUCUUCCUCUGGUAGCAGCUUAUUUAAAACUCAGUGUGUUCCUCACUCACCUAAACGGAGGCAAAGAAACACUAUUAGAAAGUUGGUUCAUUCACCUGAAAGUGUUCAAGCAAGAGAUUCAUCUAGUGACUCAUCUUUCGAACCAAGACCAUUGACUUUAAAAGCUAUAUUUGAAAGAUUCAAAAAAAAGAAACGUAAAAAGAGGAAAUAUAAGCCAACAGGAAGACCAAGGGGAAGACCAGAAGGAAGGAAAAACACUAGAAGGUCACAAAUAAAUAAACAAUUUGAAGAUAAAGGACGUGGGUUCCCAUUUUUAGAAUCAGAAAAUGGGAGAAAAUCACUACCUUGGAGAAAAAUUUUAAGCUUUGAGCAAGCAGUGGCAAGAGGAUUUUUCAACUACCUUGAGAAACUGAAGUAUGAAUACCACCUGAAGGAAUCCUUGAAACAGAUGAAUGUUGGUGAAGAUUUAGAAAAAGAUGACCUUGAUAGUCGUAGAUAUAAAUACUUGGAUGAUGAUGGAUCCAUCUCUCCGAUUGAAGAGUCAGCGGUGUCUGAAAUGAACCAUGUAGAGCCAUCUACUCUGACCCCAACCGUGGCCUUAAACUGCUUGAAGAAAUUCAUUCCCAGUGAUGAUAGGUGGGGGGUUUUUGAAAUAUGUCCAUAUUCAAGUGGAGAUCAAAGAAGCCCAACUAAAAGAAUUAUGGACUGACAAAGUGACAUGACAACUAUGGAUUGAGCAAAAAUUGUAUUUAAAAGGGAUUACGACUCAAACUCAGGAACUAAGGCAGUGAGUGGAAGGAAUCACAACAUGGGGAAUUCCUUAAAUAAAAAUUUAUUAACUUUAAAUAAUUGUAUGUAUGUUACACAUAAUAAAAAAACUACACUUUCAACAAAGUCA